CAUGAUGCAGAACACAUGCUGCACAUGCAAAGAAUCACAAAAGGGUCCGAAAAGCACUCUUUGUCAGAUCUCAUUAAAGUGCAUCACCUUCAUCUUUUGAAAAGUGAUCUGAUGAUGGCUCUCGUUAUGGAACCUAUUAGCAAGUGGACGCCCAAGCAAGUAGUGGAUUGGAUGAAAGGUCUUGAUGAUUGCCUCCAGCAAUACAUAAAAAACUUUGAAAGGGAAAAGAUCAAUGGGGAACAGCUGCUACACAUCACUCAUCAAGAGCUUGAGGAACUAGGAGUCACUCGCAUUGGCCACCAAGAACUGAUACUGGAAGCAGUUGAUCUGCUGUGUGCAUUGAAUUACGGUUUGGAGACUGAAAACCUGAGAACACUCUCUCACAAGCUGAAUGCUUCAGCCAAAAAUCUUCAGAACUUUAUAACGGGUAGAAGGAGGAGUGGCCAUUAUGAUGGCAGGGCCUCCAGACGGCUGCCAAAUGAUUUUCUUACCUCUGUAGUUGACCUGAUUGGUGCUGCCAAGAACUUACUAGCCUGGCUGGACAGGUCUCCAUUUGUCAGUGUGACAGAAUAUUCACUGCUGAAAAACAACAUUGUUCAACUGUGCCUGGAACUAACAACCAUUGUGCAACAGGAUUGUACAGUGUAUGAAACAGAAAAUAAAAUUCUUCAUGUGUGUAAAACAUUGUCUGGGAUUUGUGACCACAUUAUCUCGCUCUCAUCUGAUUCUCUGGUGUCACAAUCAGCACAUCUUGAGGUAGUUCAUCUCACCAGCAUUAUGCCCAGUGAGGGUUUGGGAAUGUAUAUCAAAUCAACGUAUGAUGGGCUACAUGUAAUCACAGGAACAACCGAAAAUUCUCCUGCUGACCAGUGUAAGAAAAUCCAUGCUGGAGAUGAGGUAAUCCAGGUCAACCAUCAAACUGUGGUUGGCUGGCAGUUAAAGAACCUGGUAAAUGCAUUGCGAGAAGACCCAAAUGGAGUGAUUUUAACAUUGAAGAAACGUCCUCAGAAUACCCUGGUUUCUGCUCCUGCCCUUCUGAAGAACGUGAGGUGGAAGCCUCUUGCACUUCAGCCUGUAAUUCCAAGCAGUCCUACAAGCAGCUCUACAACCCCAACCAGUACAAUGGGCAUGUCCUCAAAAAUGGAUAACUCUGCGCUCCAGGAUGUUUUCAUUCUCUCUCCUAUGUCAGGACUUUAUGGCCCCAGAGAUGAAAUUGGAAUAAUGUCUUAUGAUGACAUCAGCAAAUUCGGAAAGUCAGGAAUGAAAGGUUCUGAGUCUCCAAGCUAUUUUCUGGAUCACGAAAGUGGGAAAUACUACACCUUAAUUGAAGGUGAAGGUCAUCUUGUGGGCUCUGAGUAUGAGCGAAGCAGAGCUACGGGAGUGCGAAGAAGAGAAAAAACACCUACUCAUGGAGAUUUAAGGCCUGUUUCUAUGCCUACUGAGUACACCUGGACAGGGGAGUCAAAAGAACAAAAUAUGUAUAAGAGGGGAAGCAGAGACUCUGAGAAUUCUCUCCUGCGGUAUCUGAGUGAUGACAAGAUCUUGGUUGUCCAAGAAGAACCUUUGAUGCAGAAAGACAACAAAAGGGACACAGGUCGUAGGUCAAGAAAAAAGGGCAAAAACACAGGCAGCCCUAACUACCCUAUUAGUCCAUCUGUGCUGGCAUCGACUAUUAAUGUUAGACUUGAACCUGGACAGCAAGAUGUUUUGAAUUUCUCUCUAGCAGAAAACAAUACAGUUCCACUUUAUCAUCGAGCAGGGGACACAGUCAGUGGAGAUACUGAAAGAUGUGCUAGUUCUGCGAUUGACCGUCACGGAAGCACAUCCAUGAGGAAGUCAUUCCAUUACGCUUCACUCAGGGUAAAAACAAGAAAAUGGUCAAAAGGAGGCUCUCUAACAAGUGGAAGCAGAAGGCGGAUUUCUUGCAAAGAUUUGGGACAUGGAGAUUGUGAAGGCUGGCUAUGGAAGAAAAAGGAUGCCAAAGGUUACUUUACACAGAAAUGGAAAAAAUACUGGUUUAUUUUGAAGGAUUCUUCCUUGUACUGGUACACAAAUCAGAAUGAUGAAAAAGCAGAAGGAUUCAUUAGCUUACCUGAGUUCAGGAUAGAUAGAGCAAUUGAAUGCAGAAGAAAACAUGCCUUCAAAGCAUGCCACCCCAAAAUUAAGAGCUUCUACUUUGCAACAGACUGUCUUGAAGAAAUGAAUAGAUGGAUGAAUCGUCUGGGCCUUGCAGCAAUUGGUUACACACCUGAUGACAAGGAUAUUCAUCCAGAUGAAGCAGAUUACUGGAGUGAAAGCGACCAGGAUGACGUUGACGGCUCUCUAACACUGAAGCAGGAAGGCUCUUCGGCACUGUGUGACACAUACCAUCAAACACCCUCAGUGAAUUCUUCAAGUCCAUUCCCUGAACCCAAACAUGGUCGGCACUUUUCAAGUGAAUCAACAUAUUCUCAUUCUUCUGCUGAGGAUUCUCGACAAGAUGCAGCAGGAAGCACACACUCAUCAGGAUGCAGACCUCCCUACCGUGAAAGACGUUCAUGGCAAGAUCUGAUAGAGACCCCAUUAACCAGUUCAGGGCUCCAUUUUCUUCAGACUGUUCCUCCUGAUACAGAAUAUAUGAGUGGUCAGCCUGGAAUGUCACCAGAGAAACGAAGACAAGCAACAUUACCAGUUCAGAGGCGUCACAAUCAUGAACGGGAUGGGCCUUUCCCUUUGGCGGAAUGUCAAAGAGAACAUAGUUCUCAUAGGCCGCAGAAGCAACGUAGUCAAAGCCUUCCACGAAAUAGAGAUGUCCGGGUUAAGGGGCGUAUAAAGUCGGUGGAAGUAACAGAAGAAAAGACAGAAGAGAAAGUUCUUAUUAGAAGGCAUAAUAGUUUCUGUGCAGAGGAAAACAAAAAUGAAACUGGAGAGAGCACAGAUGGUUUGCAAGAGUUAUACAAGUCUCUGGAACAAGCUAGCUUAUCAGCUUUUGGAGAACAGCGUCCUUCCACCAAGCAGGAGUUCCGCAGGUCUUUUGUAAAGAGAUGCAAUGAUCCAGUUAUCAACGAAAAGCUUCACCACAUCAGAGUUCUCAAGAGCACUUUAAAAGCGAAGGAAGGGGACCUCACAGUUAUCAACAGCCUUCUGGAUGAUCCCAACUUAACAUCAAAGAAGUUUAAAGAUUGGAAACUAAAGAACUAUGAGUUUUUCUUGGACAUUUGUGAGUACAGUGCUGCUCUGAAAUCACAAAAUGGAGCCUCUGAACUUGCAACCUCAGCACCAAUGCUGACACAUACACAUUCAUUCAUUGAAACUCACGUGUGA